AUGAUAAUUGUCAGUAAUUCAGAAUCAGAGCAGAGGUAAAUAUGUAAAAAAUUAAUGAUAAAUGGUAUUUCAUCGGUAAUCAAUCAUUGCUGUCUGUGAAUAUUGAAAUGUUAUACAGUACAGCGAAAACAUAUCUGAAUAAUAUAUAAAAGUCGAAUAUUAGAUAAAAGGAAUAUUUGAGGAUAUAUUCUAAGAUGAGUAGUGGAAGUCAUCAGUAUUUACAAAAUCCAAACCCAAAAACAGUAACCACAAGAUUGGGCGAUAUAGAGCACCUGUCUCAGUUCUCGGAACAUCUGUCUACAUUGUGCUUAAAUCCAGAUUAUUCCGAUGUGGUUCUUGUUGUGGAGGGAGAGAAACUCAGUGCGCAUAAGGUAAUUUUAGCUGCACGUAGCGAUUAUUUUCGCGCACUCCUCUAUGGAGGAUUAAAGGAAUCUUCUCAGGCAGAAAUUGUUCUACCAGAUGCUCCACUCAAAGCUUUCAAGGUUUUACUACGAUAUAUCUAUACAGGACACAUGUUUUUGUCGACCUUAAAGGAAGAUGUAAUCCUGGAUACGCUUGGCCUGGCUCAUCAGUACGGUUUCCAAGACUUAGAAACGGCUAUAUCGGACAUAUUGAAACAAUUGUUAGCCUUGAGAAAUGUUUGCGCGAUCCUCGACACUGCCCAUUUGUACGGAUUGGAAAAGCUCGUUAAAUUUUGCCACGGGUUCUUAGACAGGCAUGCCUCUAAGAUAUUAACUCACGAAACGUUUUUGCAACUCUCUCAGGAAUCUCUCGUUGAGCUCCUGCAGAGGGAUUCCUUCUUCGCGCCAGAGGUGGAGAUAUUUCGAGGCGUCUGUAACUGGUGCAAAGGCAACGAAGAUAAGGAUGAUUUAGUGAUGAAGUGCGUCAGGUUGCCGCUGAUGAGUGUCGCGGAUCUUCUUUCGGUGGUGCGACCGGCGGGGCUCGUAAAACCCGAUGCAUUAUUGGACGCGAUAGCUGAAAGAACUAACGUUCGUUUGAGCAACUUACCGCAUCGGGGACAAUUGAUACUUGACGAGAACGUAGCGUCGCCGAGAUUAGGUUCUAAGGUCGUAUCCGGAGAAUUGAUGGAAUACUUGUUAGAUGGAGAUUACUACUCGUACGACAUGGAAAAGGGUUACACAAGGCAUGCCAUUAACGGUCCCGGUGAUCACGGUAUUAUCGUAAAACUAGGCGCUCCCUCUAUCAUUAAUUACAUCCGAAUGUUACUGUGGGACAGGGAUAUUAGAUCUUACUCGUACUAUAUCGAGGUGUCCAUGGAGCAGAAGGAUUGGGUACGCGUGGUCGAUUAUAGCCAGUAUAGUUGUAGGUCUUGGCAGUAUUUGUAUUUCGAGAACAGAGUGGUACAGUACGUCAGGAUAGUAGGGACCCAUAAUACCGUAAACAAGGUGUUUCACUUGGUGUCGUUCGAGGCGAUGUGUAAAGUGAAGAUUCCAAAAAUGUUGAAUGAUAUUAUCUGCCCGAAUUACAACGUUGCCACUGUGGACAAGAGCGCCGUGGUCAUUGAAGGUGUCAGCCGAGCACGUAACGCCUUAUUGAACGGAGAUACAAAACAUUACGAUUGGGAUUCAGGGUAUACCUGCCAUCAGUUAGGAUCCGGAGCUAUAUUAAUUCAAUUAGGACAACCCUACAUAAUCUCCAGUUUAAGACUACUACUUUGGGACUGUGACGAUAGAAGUUACAGUUAUUACAUAGAAUCGUCGACUAACGUUUGGGAAUGGGAAAUGGUCGUCGAUAACACGAGGGAAAACUGUAAGUCUUGGCAGGUCAUCAAAUUUCCGCCAAGACCCGUCGUUUUUAUCCGAAUCGUUGGCACACACAAUACGGCAAACGAGGUAUUUCACUGCGUUCAUUUCGAGUGUCCGUCUUGCGAAGACGUCGGGGGUCAAAGUUCCAUGACUUCACCGAAGUCGAAUAGGAAAAGUAGGGAAUUUAACGGGGUGUCCGCUAUAGAUCCCGUUACUCAACCCCCGGAGACCGCCACUGAAGCAGAGGAAGUACCUAUGGCUUUAGUAGAUAGAUCUUCAGAACCUGAAUAGAUUAGUUUUAAUUGUAGUUAUAAAUGAUCUGUAAUUUUGUUAAACCUGCAAUAUAUACGUUGGGAAAUA